AAAGCGGGUGCAUUGUGUGACACUAUCAAGUGACUUACAUAUCCGUUCCUAACCCAUCAAAGGAGGUUCAGUCUCAAAGAUUUCAAGAAAGAGAUUCCUAAAACCCUAAUCUUCCAAAACCCUACCGUCUCUCAUGGCGUCUUCGUUAAUUCGCCUCCGCCGAACCCUCAGAGCACUAUCCGGCGUCACCCAGUCCAUUUCCGCCACGCAUGCGCCAUCGUUUUCCGCCCCUAUCAGGUGCGCCGUUUCAUGGAAUUGCCACUCUCUGAAGGGGGUGGUUCAGUCCCGUUCUUUCAGAUCAUCUUCAACUUCUCUCCUUUCUGUUAGAUCCUCGCAGAGCAACAUCCCCGAAGAGAUAGGUCCCGAUACCAUUCUGUUCGAGGGCUGCGACUACAACCACUGGCUCUUCGUCAUGGACUUCCCCAGGGACAACAAACCCCCUCCCGAAGAAAUGGUUCGUGUUUACGAGGAAACUUGUGCCAAAGGCCUCAACAUCAGUGUGGAAGAAGCGAAGCAGAAGAUAUAUGCGUGCAGCACAACAACUUACACAGGCUUUCAGGCAGUCAUGACCGAAGAAGAGUCUAAAAAAUUUGAAGGUCUUCCUGGAGUUAUCUUUGUGCUACCAGAUUCCUAUAUUGAUCCAGUGAACAAGCAGUACGGGGGAGAUCAGUACAUUAAUGGAACCAUUAUCCCCCGACCUCCACCAGUACAGUAUGGGAGAAAUCAGGGAAGACGAGACCGGAAUAGGAGUCCUGGUCAGUACAACCGACAAGAGAAUCCAGUGCCAAGCUCUCAAGGGAAUCCCUCUUACGGUGCUCAGGAGUCCAUGCCAAGGGAUGGAAGAAACUAUGCGCCUCCACAAAAUUAUCCACCCCCACAGAACUAUGGUCAAGCAUCACCACAUCAGUAUCCACCUCGACAGAACUAUGGCCAAGCAUCACAAAACCAUCCACCCCAACAGAACUUUGGCCAAGCAUCACAAAACUAUCCACCCCAACAGAACUUUGGCCAAGCAUCACAAAACUAUCCACCCCAACAGAACUAUAGUCAGGGGUUGCAAAAUUAUCCACCCCAACAUAACUAUGAUCUGGCAUCGCAAAAUUAUACCCCCCAACUGACCUUUGAUCAAGCACCGCAGAAUUAUCCACAAUAUGCUCAGCAGCAGGGCUUUGGACCUCCAGGAGGACAAGGGGAAAGGAGUUAUAUGCCACAGCAGAACAUUGGACGACCGGGACAAGGAGAAAGAAGAGAUCCUGUGCCUAGGCAUGGUACUUCAGAUGUCAGGGGUGACACUUUUGUACCGUCAUAUACGACGAAUUUCAAGCCAACAUACAUGGAGGAAUUUGAACAGGCUAAGCAGGAAACUCAUCCUGCCAAAGAACGGACAGGGUCUCAACAUCCACCUUCUGGCCCAGACAAUUUUACUGGACAGGGAAGAUAUUGAGAGUAGUCUGAGGCAUGUGGGCGGCUUGUAUUAAAGUACUAAUCACAUUCUAAGCUGAUUUGCAUGUCCUUUCCCUUUUGUGGAAUAUUAAUUCAUUGAGCUGUGGGUGUGUAUCGAUUAAUUUAGCUCAUGCACUGUUGUGACAAAGUUGAAUGUGGUAUGUAAGUUAGUACUGGCUACCUUGUUUUUUGAACAUGGUUGAACUGUGAAUUUCACGUGGUGCUUUGCUCUCUUA